AAGCGGGGGCCGAGGCGUUGGAGUUGGACAGGCAUGGGCUGGGGCUCGGACCGGGCCUUGGGCUCGCCGGGCCCUGGGACAGCCCGCUGGCCCCCGGGACUCCUCCUCCUCCUCCUCUUCCUUCCGCUGGGGACCGGGACUCGGGUUCGAGAGCCUAGAGGACUUCCCCUUGGAGAGCCAGUCACCCCCCAUUGGGUGCUGGGCAGCCGGAGCCGUCGGGAGAUCACCACAGAAGAGACGAUCAGAAGUCCAGAUGAGGCCUUAUUGUCGGUGAGGGCUGAAGGCAAGGAACUCCUCCUCUCCCUGAAGAAAAACCGCUGGCUGCUGGCUCAGGGUUACACAGAAACCCACUAUGGUCCAGAUGGGCAGCCGGUGACUUUGGCUCCCAACCAUACGGACCACUGCUACUACCAUGGCCACGUGCAAGGAUUCCCCGACUCCUGGGUGGCCCUCAGCUCCUGCUCCGGGAUCAGCGGGCUGAUAGUACUCAGCACCAACAGCAGCUACUACGUGCAACCUCCACGGAGUCCAGCGUUUGGUCCUCCUGGCCCCCACCGCCUCUUCCGGACCGAGCAGCUGCCCAGCGAGGAUGGGACUUGUGGCCACGGGCUACCUGGCACUUUAGGCCUGGCACGCAUCCUCCGCCGAAAACGAGCCCCCAGGGUGAGACGCGAUUCGAAGCGGGCCCUGAAGUACCUGGAGCUGUUCAUAGUGGCAGAUCACGCUUUGUAUCUUAGACAGCAGAGGGAUCUGGGUCGUACCAAGCAGCGACUCCUCGAGAUAGCCAACUACGUGGACAAGUUUUACAGGUCCCUCAACAUCAAGGUGGCGCUGACUGGCCUGGAGGUAUGGACGGAACGAGACCAGAGUCGCGUCACUGGAGAUGCGAACGCCACCCUCUGGGCCUUCCUGCAGUGGCGCCGGGGGCUACGGUCCCGGCGGCCCCACGACACCGCCCAGCUCCUCACGGGUCGCACUUUUCAGGGUACCACCAUUGGCAUGGCGCCCUUGGAGGGCAUGUGUAGCGCCGAUAACUCCGGGGGAGUGAGUGCGGACCACUCAGAGUUGCCCAUUGGCGCAGCGGCCACCAUGGCCCAUGAGAUUGGCCACAGCUUUGGGAUGAGCCACGAUGAGGAUGGCUGCUGUUCAGAGGCCUUGCCAGAGGAGGGGGGCUGUGUGAUGGCCGCAGCUACUGGCCACCCGUUUCCACGCGUGUUCAGCACCUGUAGCCGCCAGCAGCUCCUCCACUUCUUCCAAAAAGGAGGGGGGAUGUGCCUCUUCAACCCUCCGGACCCUCGGUUGCUGGUGCUGGGAGGCCGCUGUGGGAAUGGCUUCCUGGAAGAUGGGGAGGAGUGUGAUUGUGGGGACGUUGGGGAGUGCACUGACCCCUGUUGCCAUGCCCACAACUGUACACUUCGAGAGGGAGUCCAGUGUGCAGGGGACUGCUGUGCCCAUUGCUCGCUGAAGCCAGCGGGGACAUUGUGCCGAGAAAGAGCUGGGGACUGUGACCUUCCUGAGUUCUGCACCGGAACCUCUCCCCACUGUCCAGCCAACGUCUACCUCCUCGAUGGCUCCCCUUGUGCAGGGGGCACCGCCUACUGCCGAGAUGGCAUGUGUCCCACCCAUGAGGGGCAAUGCCAACAGCUCUGGGGGCCUGGUGCCCACCCAGCCCCUGAUGCCUGUUUCCAGGAUGUAAACUCAGCCGGGGAUCCCUAUGGGAACUGUGGUCAGGACAGUGAAGGCCACUAUGUCCCGUGUAAUCGGAGGGAUGCCAAGUGUGGGAAGCUUCAGUGCCAGAGUGGGGCAGACAAGCCCCGGGGACCACACACCGUUUCCAUGGAGACCACCAUCCGUUUGGGGGGCAGAGAGGUGACAUGCCGAGGAGCCUUCAUGUACCGUUUACCCCGACCUGACUCCUCUGCUGACUUGCCAGACCCUGGUCUUGUGCUGCCUGGUACUAAGUGUGGAGAUGGCAUGGUAUGUCACGAUCGAAGAUGCCAGAACGCGUCCUUCCCUGACCUUCAGAGGUGCCUGGACACAUGCCAUGGCCAUGGGGUCUGUAACAGCAAUAGGAACUGCCACUGUGACCCAGGCUGGGACCCCCCAACUUGUGAGAAGCCGGGGCUGGGGGGCAGUGUGGAUAGUGGUCCCGUGCAGCAUGACAGCCAUGAUGCUGUUCUGCAGGCCCUGCUCCUUGUAUUGAUGCUGUUCCUGCUUCCCAGUGCUGGACUGGCUCUCUACUACUAUCGUUUCCCAAACUCCCUGUUGCACCAAGGCCUUCGAGGGCUGAGGAAAGGACAAGAGAGCUGCCGGUACCGGACAAGGACCACCAGAAGUUCUAGGAGCGGAGCCCAAUCGGGCUUAAUUUUGCAGAACCUACCACUACGUCAGCCUAAUCGCCCAGCUCCAGGAGUAUCGCAGCAGGGAGCGCGGGGGCCUCUCUCCCCGAAACCCGGACCCUCCCAGCCAAUCAACGUGGUUCGCCCCCUGCGCCCCAACCCUCCCAAACCCCGCGACUCCCGCCCGGCACGCCCGCCACCACCCCGGAGUCAGUCCCCGAGACCUGGCUUUCCCCAAAGGGUCCCGGGGGAUAGAGGGGACCGAGAAGAUGGGACCCGCCGCCUGCUGCCCCCCAAGAGACCCCUUCCCGUCAGCCCCGCUCGGGGCACUAAGACCCAGCUAAAGAAGGAUCCCCCGAGCCGACCCCUGCCCGGGGACCCCGUCCUGGUCAAACAGCCGCCGCGAGGUCCCCGCCUCCUGGUCAUGGUGCAGCCAGUCCCGCUCGGUCUCCUCGGCCUGGCCCCGGGAAAAGCUCUCUAACUUUUAAGAAAUGACCGGACCAGGUCCUCCCAGGAACUGCUGUCCUGAGGGCAUGGCACAAGACCCUGCCUCCCCAGGUGUGGGGGACCGUUGGGGACCGCCAUCAACACCUCCCUUCGUGCCUCAGUUUCUCCACCUGAGACUAUCUUGCAGACCCACGUCUUGGCCUGGGGCGAAGAUGCCUGGGCAGGGGAGGCGGGGAGGAGGAGAAGAGGAACGGGUUCCUCGACACCCUUGCCUUGCCUUUCCUUCCGCUUGGAUGACCCGAGGCGGGUCAACGUCUCUUGGUCCUGGGUCUGAGGGACUGAACCAUAUUUGUCACCAACCUACCUCAGAAAUGGCCCGGUGCCAGCCCAGUGCCAGACAGAUGGAGAGGACUGAGAGGAGCUUGGGUGUGGAGUAGCGUGGGGGGGCUUUAAGGAGACACUGGUGUUUGAAACACAGACGUUUACAUGGAUUUGCCUCUGUUUUCCCUUUUUGCCAUCGGCUAGAACUGUGGGAGGAGAAGCUAAAACUCUAAGAUUUUCCUGCGGUCGUUCUAAAUUUAGGCCUCAGUUUCUGAACUUGUUCACUUAGAAAAUAACCCGUUCUCUUCUCUCUCGAAUGGAAGUCGGGAAGAGGGCAAAGAGAGGGGAGUUUACACCAAGCCAGACCAGCAGAGGGCGAUGAGGACCUACUGUGCACACCUAUGUCAGAUUAUGUUACAAUGCUGGGAGGAAUCAUUUAGAAAUAUGACAGAGGAAUUAAAACCCAGCAAAGGGUAGGACUUAACUCAAAAUUGCCCAGUUAAUAAAUAGCAGAACUGGAAUUCAAACUCAGGUCCUCUGACUUUAAAUCCAGGUUUCUUACCACACAGUGCCUCCUCUCUCAGGACAUCCCCUCCUCAGCAACCAGUUUAUCCUUGGGAUGGAAGAAGAGGAGCCUUAGGAGAGAUACCAGAUGAGUGGGAUUUGGGGCCUUCCAUACUCUGGGGAACUGGGCUGUAGAAUCAUAGAAUCCCAGAGCUGGAAGGAACAUCAGAGGGCACCCGCCCAAUUUCUACUAUCUCUUCUACAAUAGCCUAGAAAUAUAUAUGUCUGCCUCCAUUUGAACGCUUUCAGUGAUAGGACGCUCGCUGCAUUGAUUCGCUUCCCAAUCCAUUGCUCUGCUUCUAUUGUCUGUUUUCUAUGAGUUCCAUAGCCUGAUUUCUUUUCACUCAUAUGAGAUCUUGGCUUUGUAUGGUAACAAUUCCAUGGCAAGCUCCCCAUGAGUCAGUUUAAAGUAAAUCCCUUUCUAGAUCUCUGUGAAAUUCAGGCAGUCAUGACUUUAUCAGAGGGUUUAUCUGGAGUCAGUGUGGGAGAUUCUUUAAUCAGAGUUCCUGAGCAUCCUAAGAACCCCUGACAUAGGAGUUCAACACUUCCCUGUCUGAUACUGAACAAUAGACUCAUUACACGAGCAGCCUCCUUUUGCACUCCUUGGCCUACUAGCUCUUAGACUGCAAAGUAGGGGCCCUUUCAGAGUGAGAUUAGAAAUGCUGGGGAAAUACACUUUAGGGUACCUCCACCUUGAACAUUAUAUAUUUGACUGCUUUUGGAGAGCAGUGUGAAAAGAGCCUAGGUCUGUGGAUCAUGGGACCUGGUUUUAUCUCCAAGACUGAUUGUGUUGUCCUGGGAAAUCCUUUCCUUCUCUCAAUUCAAGACAACAAAUAUUUAUUAAAUAUCUACUAUGUGUUCCAAUCUAAGCACUAAGGGAACCCAAAGAUUGAAAAAAGGGGAGGAGAACAAAUCCUGCUUUUAAGAAGUUUACAAAUCUCUGUACCUCAGUUUCUUCAUCUGUAAAAUAGUUUUAAAUUCCUGCACUGUAUAACUUAGUUGGUGAAAGGAAUAAAUGAAAUAAUGGAUGGUAAAGUAAGUGCUAAGGGCUUUUUGUGUACUGCUAAUAUUAAAUAACAAGUCAUAGCAGGUAGAUGUCAAGGUGGAGAGAAUACCAGGCCUGGAGGCAAGAAAUUCAAAUCUGGCCUCAGACACUUCCUAGCUGUGUGUCUCUGGGCAAGUCACUUAACCCAGUUUGCCUCAGUUUUUUCAUUUGUAAAAUGAGCUGAAGAAGAACAUCACGCCAGUAUCUUUGUCAAGAAACCAUCAAAUGGAGUCAUGAAGAAUUGGACAUAACUGAACAACUAUAGAGAACUUCAAUGAUAAAUCACUAUCCCAUCCAUUAUCUCACUUUUUUUCUUUCUCAAUUCUAGAGAAAGGUCUCUAGGGGUUAUUAUCUCUAUUUUUAAGAAAAGGAAACUGAGGCACAAAGAAGGAAAGUAAUUUCCCAGAGUUCCAUGUAGAAAUAGGUCGAGAUAUGUGCUUAGAUUUUCUGUGUACACUAAGAUUAUAUACACUGUUUCUCUAUUAACUCCUAAAACAGUGAGUCCUUUCUCUCCUCAUGAUCAGGUUUACCAGAAAAAAGAGAAACUCAUUUAUGGAAUUCAAUUACAAGAAGACUGAACUUCGAUUACUGGACAUUUUAUUUGCAGACAUUUCACUCAUAGUCUAUUGACAGAUAUUCUGUUCUAUUUAUGGAAGAUUUCAAAAAGGAGCUUCAGGGGGUUGCUAGUAUCUGAGCAGGGAUGCCCUCUACACACUUCAAAAAGCAAUCAUUAGUUGCCUACUACAUGCAUGUAGAGUUGGACACAACUGAACAAUAACAAAAACACACAACAUAUUCUGCUAGGUGCUGAGGGUAGAUACAAAGAAAAGAUAAAAAAGUUCCUGCCCUAAAAUAAUUUGCUUUCUAUUUAGGAAUACAAGCAAGUAGAAGGGUGAAGGGAGGGCAUUUUAGGCAUGUGGGAAAGUCUGUACAAAAGCAUGAAGAAGGAAACUUAAAUGUGGAAUCUAGGGAGCAGCAAACAGAAUAUUUUUGACUGGAACAUAUUAUGAGAAAGACGUAAUGGGAAAUAUAAGUUUGGAAAGGUAGUCUAGCACUAGAGUAUAAUUUUUUAAAAAUAUCAAACCCAGGGAUUUUUAUUUUAUCCUAGAUCCAAUGGGGAACAAAUGAAGAUUCUUGAGAAGGGGAAUAAUAUGAUCAGAGUUGCAUUUUAGAAAGAUUAUUUUGGCAUUUUGUGGAGAGAAUUUGUAAUUUGAAAAUUGUGAAGAGGAGAGACUGGAAAAAGAGUCCCAUUAGAAACAUUUUACAAUAGAACUAGUAGACUAUUCAUGUAAAUGAAGAGAGGAGGGGUCGAUAUGAGAGAUGCUGUGGAGGAAGAGUUGGCAAGACUUCUGAUUAGAUAUGACUAAGGGUAAAGGAAGAGUUGAAGGUGAUGCCAGUGUUGCAAACCAAUGUGACUGGAAGGAUACUGUUGCCCUCUUUAAUAAGGAAGUUUGGAGGAAGAAUUUUUUUGGUAGUGAGCACAAAGGUUGUGUUAAAUUUGAGAUACUGAACAGAUGAAAAUGAACAGAAGGCAGGUGUGGAUGAGAGAUUAUUUCCUGAGAGAGAUUGGAUUUAGGUAUAUAGAUUUGGGGAUCAUUUAUGUGGAACCAAUGGAAGUUGAUAAAAUCACCAAAAGAGAGAACAUAUAGGAAAAAAAGAGCUCCAAGUAGGAUCUUAAAGGACACUUGGGGGAAGAAUUUGGAUGAUAGUUGAAAAGGAACAUGAAAAAAGUGAAUAUAACACAGAUGGGAGUGAACUCAAGGGAAACAGUCACAAAUGUCCAUGAACUAUUCAGAGGUGUAGAAUGAUCUAUAGUAUGAAAAGCUGCAGAAAGACCAAGAAGGAUGAGAUCUGAAAAAAAUCUCAUCAAAUUUAGCAAUCAUAAACCCAUAAACAGCCCCAGAGAAAGCAUUUUCAAUUAAGUAGUGAGAUUGAAAAUUGGGAAGUGGGAGGUGAGAAAGUAAAUGUCUUUUUCUAGAAGUUUGUGAAAAAGAAGAGAGGUAUUGGAAUAAAUGAAGGAAUAGCAGGGUUAUUUUAAACAAAGCUUAUUAUAAGACUGAGAAGUCUGUUUAUUGGCAGCAAGGAAUGAGCCAGUAGAAAAAGAGAGAUUGAAGUAGCCAUAUAACUUUCAUUUGAAGGCUUUCCAUGAUAGAGAAGUCAUUAAUUCCCAAAACAGCAUCUUCUAGUUUGGGAUAGUGAAAGGAAGUUACUACAAUGCAUGUAUCUGUUCACAGAUAUUUAAUCUAAAUGCUCUAUUCCAAGAACCACAUAACAUCUGUCAGGGGAUAUAAGGAUGCUUUGAAACCAAGGAUAAUUUUUUUGUAGCUGUAUUCCCAGUGCCUAGCUUAGUGCCUGCUACAUGGUAGGUACUUAAUAAAUGCUUGAUUGAUUGAU